CAUAAUGCUACACUGCGCUCCGGUGUGUGAUUCGGCUGAAGAAAGGACAAACUAUCCAAGCGAAGCAAAACUCCUGCUGAAGCAACAGAGAUCCACGGGGCACAGUAUUAUAAAGAUGGCAUUUAUUAAAGUAGAGAGUGAAGACAUGAAGAUUGAAGAAAUGUUUGUGGUGAAACAUGAAGAUACUGAGCAACAAACAGACCAAAUGGCACUGAAAGAGGAGAAAGUAUUAUGUUAUGAAAAUGAAAAUGAAGAGGAAGAUAAAUAUGCAAAUCUUCAUGAUUUCAAAACUGGAGAAAAAUCUUUUUGUCGCUCUCAGACUGAAAAGACUUCAUCAAGAAAAAGAGCUCAAGAGACCAAAACAAGAAGUUACUUUACCUGCUCUCAGUUUGAAAAGAGUUUGAAUCAACAAGGAAAGCCUGAAGACCACAUGAGAAUUCACACUGGAAAGAAGACUUUCAUCUGCGAACAGUGUGGAAAAAGUUUCAAUCAAAAAGGAAACUUUAACAAGCACAUGAGAGUUCACACUGGAGAGAAGCCUUACACAUGCCCUCAGUGUGGACACAGUUUUGCUCAAAAAGCACAUCUUACUGUACACAUCAGACUUCACACUGGAGAGAACCCUUACACAUGUCCUCAGUGUGGAAAGAGUUAUACUCAACAAGCAAACCUUAAAGUCCACAUGAGAAUUCACACUGGGGAGAGCCCUUUUCUCUGCCAACAGUGUGGAAAAAGUUUCACUCGUAAAGAAAGUCUUGGCAAGCAUAUACGAAUUCACACUGGAGAAAAGCCUUUCAUAUGCCCUCAGUGUGGAAAAAGUUUCACUCUAAAAGAAAACUUCACCAGGCACAUGAGACUUCACACUGGAGAGAAGCCUUAUACAUGUCAACACUGCGGAGAGAGUUUUUCCCAACAAGGAAACCUUAAUAUACACAUGAGAACUCACACUGGAGAGAAUCCUUACAUAUGUUAUCAGUGUGGAAAAAGCUUCAGUCAACAUGGAAACCUCAAAAUCCACAUGAGAAUACACAAUGGAGAGAGGCCUUUUUCCUGCCAGCUGUGUGGAAAAAAGUUCACUCGUAACAUAGGUUUUAAAAGGCACAUGAGAAUUCACACUGGCGAAAAGCCUUACACAUGCCCUCAGUGUGGAAAAAGUUUCAUUCAACAUGGAAACCUGACAGUCCACAUGAGAAUACACAGUGAAGAGAGUCCCUUCACCUGUCAGCAGUGUGGACAAAGUUUUAACCAUAAAAUAAGCCUUAACCGACACAUGAGAACCCACACUAGAGAGAAGCCUUAGACAUGCCGUAAGUGGGGAGAGUUUUGCUCGGACUUGGAAACCUUAAAGUCCACAUGAGAAUUCACACUGGAGAAAACCCUUUCACUUGCCAACAGUGUAAAAAUGUUUCAUUUGGAAAGGAAACCUUAAGUAACACACUUGUUUUCUGUACUUUUUUUGUAGCUGAAUUGGUCUUUAAAUGGAAUGAAAUCACACUGUUAUUAACCUGAACUGAAUAAUGACACUAUUGUCAUUUUUUUUCCUCUUCAGCUCUGUAGAAAUUAAUGUUUUUGACUGACUUGACUUAUGGAAAUUCUCAAUACCAAUCUGACGACUUCUCCACUGACAAUUCAAACAGCCUCCUGUUUUCAAUAUAAUAGAGUUGUCAAAAGUAUCAACAUCAGUACCAAGUCUGUACUGAAAUUUAAGAAAUGUGACAAUAUCAGCAUUUCCCCCGGAUUCUUAAACACCUCUGAUUGGCCAUUGUAUUUAACCUCUGAUUUGUUUUUAACAAGGACUGGAAGCAAAAAAUGCCUUAUAUUCAAGUGUGCAUUAUUAAUCAGGGUUAUUUUUAUAGGUUAAGGUACGACAGUAUUGGACAGUGAGAUGCUUAUUGGGUCAGCAGGGUCACAAAAAACAGAGAAUGACACAUUAAAGGAGAAGUCCUCUUCCAAAACAACAAUUUACAAAUAAUUUACUCACCCCCUUGUCAUCCAAGAUGUUCAUGUCUUUCUGUCUUUAGUCGUAAAGAAAUUAUGGUUUCCGAGGAAAUCAUUUCAGGAUUUUUUUCUCCAUAUAAUGGACUUCAAUUGUGCCUCUGAUUUUGAACUUCCAAAAUGUAGUUUAAAUGCAGCUUCAAAGGGCUCUAAACGAUCCCAGCCGAGAAAGAAGGGUCUUAUCUAGCGAAACGAUCGGUCAUUUUUUUCGAAAACUAAAAAUGUGUAUACUUUUUAAGCACACAUUUCGGAAGUUCAGAAUUGGGGGCACAAUUGAAGUCCAUUAUAUGAAGAAAAAUC